AUGGCUACGGUAGACAAUUUGAAUUCAAAUGGAACCUUUAUGAAAGGAAAUUUUUUUACCGAAAUAAAUCGACAGCUCGGUCUUCUCCCUGGAUUUGCGGGAUUAACACAAGAUAUGGAGAAAUUAGACCAAGAAACACAGACACCGGGAAGUACAACUCCAGCAGAUAAAGUUCGACAGAUGGCAGAAGUUAUAGCUUCAGAUGUUAUUUCUACAUUUGAGGAAGAUGAUGAUAAAAAGCCUCAAAACAGAUACUGUAAAACUAUGAGAAGAACCGUGAAAGAGAUGUCUGACCGACAUAAUAUUGCUUUCAAAUCAAUGGUGCAAAAACUCAAUGUGAAUGACACUAAUGCCUUUUCAACAUUUGUAUCAGUUGCUGAUGAAAUUUUUGAAGAUGGGACAAUUAACUGGGGUAGAAUCGUUGCAGUAUAUACAUUUGCUUCUCGGUUAGCGGUUCAUUGUCAAAAACACAGUCCAGACUCGGAAGAAAGGAUUGCUCUCUAUGCAGGAAAAUAUGUUGCCAGUAAACUGGGGCGAUGGAUUUUAGAUAAUGGGGGAUGGGAUGCCUUCGCUGAUUAUUUCCCAGAGCAGGGGGCAACCGAAGACAAGUUAUGGAAAGGACUGAUGUUCACUGCAGUGGGUCUCGUCACGUUAGGAACAAUGGUUGCCAGGAGCUGAACAGUAGAGACAAAGAAAUCCAACAUCUAGUCAGCUGAAUCUCCAUUCAUCCUUCCCCAGGAUGUAAAAUGUCUCCAAUCUUGGAAGCAGACUGUUGAAAUUCGUGUUCAGUUGGGGACAACUUAUUGUCUUUUAACUGGUUGUCAUUUGUAAAUAACUAACCCAGUGGAAAUAAUUUUUGUCCAUUUAGAUCAGGGGGGGAAAUGUUGGCAGAUUUUAUAAAUAUAAAACGAUUACUGACAAUGACCCACUGAGCAGGAAGUAAAAAAAAUACACUUGGUUUUCCAAUUUAAAGGUGCUCUUGUGAAAACUAUUUCCUUAUAUAAUGUGAAAAACCAUUUCUUCUGUAAAUAAUGCUAGUUUUUAUUUGGAAACUAAAACUGAUACUUUUAGAAUAUAGUGGAUAUGUCUGGUUAUAGUAAAAACCAAGGGCAGUGUAUGCCAACAGUGCUUGCCAUUUGAUAUGAUGUGAUUGACAGACUCUUGUCUAAAAAAAAAAAAAAAAAAAAAAAAAAAAAAAAAAAAAGAUAAAAAGAUAAAUAAAACACAGUAAAUAGACCAUUGUUAGUUGUUGCAAGUAGAAUUUUUAAUUUAGUACUUGUUACAAGCAUUUAGAAUUUGAAGGAGAGAAACAAGUAUAAAGAUUCUGUCAAUAUAUCAUUUCUUGGCAGUUACAUUUAGUGCUGUAAUUCUAAAUGGAUAUCAUGUUUUUAGACAUGUAGGACUUGAUAUUAUACACAACAUGCAGCAUCCUUACAGAAGGGCAGGAUCAUGUACCUCAUCAGCUAUUUCAUGUUUUAGUUCAUAAUUUUUAUGUUUUUAUGAAUGUACAAAUCUGCAAAUGAAUAUUGAUCUCAUCAACUUCCAACAAAAGUUCAUGUAAUAAAAGUAAUACUUUUUUUUCCUUUGUUUUUUUUUUUUUUUUAAUAUUUCAGGCCAUGUCAGAUUUUAAGGAUUUUGAAUGAAAAUUAUUUAGCAAGGAAAGUGUGUAAUGAUAAUUAUUUUGAUAAAUGAAAUUGAAACGGAGAAUGUAUGUGAGUUUAUUUUUGUUUUCUUGUUUGAUGCUGUACACUUCAAGGUUGAUAGGCAUCUUUUUGUGCAAUAAUAAAAAUAUAAAUCCAAAUAAAAUACAAAAGCUGA